GACCACAAAGAGACGCAAAACAACCACAAAGAGACACAAGGCGACCACAAAGAGACACAAAACGAACAUAAAGAGACACAAAGCCACCACAAAGACACGCAAGGCGACCACAAAGACACGCAAGGCGACCACAAAGACACGCAAGGCGACCACAAAGAUUCGCAAGGCGACCACAAAGAGACACAAGGCGACCACAAAGAGACGCAAAGCGACCACAAAGAGACGCAAAGCGGCCACAAAGAGACACAAGGUGACCACAAAGAUGCAAAGCAACUACAAGUUGACCAUUAAGAUGCAAAGCGACCACAAAGACACACCAAGCAACCACAAAGAGACACAAAAUGAAUAGAAAGAGCCACAAAAUGACCACAAAGAGCCACCAAGCGACCACAAAGAGACACAAAAUGACCACAAAGAGACACAAAGCGACCACAAAGAGACACAAGGCGACCACAAAGAUGCAAAGCAACUACAAGGCGAACACAAAGAUGCAAAGCGACCACAAAGAGACACAAAAUGACCACAAAGAGACACAAAGCGACCACAAAGAGACAUAAGGCGACCACAAAGAUGCAAAGCGACCACAGAAAUGCAAAGCAACUACAAAGAGACGCAAAACAACCACAAAGAGACACAAAACGUGAUGUGUUCACUGUCCCAUUAAAAGUGUAGUAACUGGUAGUGAUUAAAGAGUGUUCUUGUUCUCUUCAUGUUUCCUCCUCAGCUGCUGCUGCUGGCAACAUCUGGAGGAACUAUAACAGCUGUCAAGCAGCCAGAACCCCCUCUGGAAAACAGCACUGAUGAAGAGGAGGAGCAGGAGGAGGAGGAAGAGGAGGAGGAGGGGGUACAGUAGAGAGGAAGGUGAUGAUGUCGUCCAGGCCACGCCCCCCCCCAGCCUAUAGAUGGAGGCGUCUCUCCGGUCGUCCUCCACAGCGAGGACAUCCACCAGCUGAACAAGUCCUAAGACUGCAGGAGAGCUUAGUGAAGUUGUCCAGCUUCUGGUCGCUCCUCUUCAUCCUCAUCCUCCUCUUCAUCAUCCUCCUCCGCUUCAUCAUCCUCCUCCUCCUCCUCAUCCUCCUCUUCAUCAUCAUCCUCCUCUUCAUCCUCAUCCUCCUGGAGCUCUGAGAGGUCAUGGCGGACGUCGCUCUCCUCCGAGUCCUCCUGUUACUGCUGGGAGGGACGACUCUACUCAACGGAGUCCCGGCUCAUCACCGGAGCAGAGUGCGGCGUCAGAACAUGAAGGUCCGGAUCAACGCCACCGGCGACACCAUCGUGAUGAAGUUUGUCCGUCCGAGUCCGGAUGUGAAGCUGGAGGGUUAUAUUCUGGGCUACGGCAGCAGUGUCUUCUCCAGACAGUUCAUCCAGCUGCCCGAGGACGGACGGCCCUACGAGACCGAGAUGGACGCCGAGCCCAAGUACCUGGUGGUCGUCCAGCCGAUCCCGGUGAACGACGUGAAGAAGCACUGCACAGGGAAGGUGAACCUGGAGACGCCGCUCCACCUGGCGAUUGGCUCCGUCAGCCCGACGGCGGUGCUGCUGUCCUGGGGGAACGACCUGAAGACGCCGUACGCCGGCAACAUCAUGAACGAGUGUCUGGAGGACGGGUUCUACACCAUCCGCUACAGGGAGAGGAACAGGAAGUGGAUCUAUCAGACCUGCCCGACCAGCGACACCGUGGUCGACAACCUGAAGCCCAACACGCCGUACGAGUUCGGCGUCCGCUCCAACAAGGACGACCGCAGCGGCAUCUGGAGCAAACCCACCAUCCACAACACCAACAUGGCCAAUAAAAACAGUCAGAAACCGUUCAAGCUGCGGAAUCCUCUCACCAAGACGCUGAAGCCUCUCGGUCCUCACGUUCUGUUCCCUCCUCGUCCAGCUCUUCACAACAGGACUCGACUUCCUCCUCUGCUCAAACACUCGGCGUUCCCCGGAGCUCCUCGCACUUCCUUCGCGCCGCCCGAGAGCCGCCAGGAAACGUUCCCGCCGGCCGGCUCCGCGGUGUCACUCGACGAAGGAAACGCCGUUAGAAACGACACCGACCGACCAGCGGAUCCACUUCCUCUCCUCCCCCAACUCCCGCCCACCAAAGCCCCGCCCGCCGACACCACGCCCCUCUUUAGAUUACCCUCCAAUGGCGACUCGCUUCAGGGGCGGACUACUAAGACGCCUUCUGGUGCACCUGAGAAGCCUCAUGACCCUGCUGCUUUCGGCCGAUCACAGGACGGAUCGUCGCGGCUGAAGUCGGCUCUGGCCAAUGAGAGAGCCAAAGCUAACAGCUGGGGUCAGAGCAGAAAUCCGUCUCCUCAACUCUAUGACCCGUCAGCGACCGCGGUCGCCAGAUCCACGAGGCCUUCAUCCAGAAACUCCCUCUUUCCCCCCUCCUCCUCUAGACCCGGUGCCUCGUCCCCGACCGCCGGGAUCCUCCGGGUGAACGGACAGCCACACCGGGGCCUUUCCCCUCCUAGACCAGCCUUAUGGUCCAGACCUCGACUGGUGAACAACUCUUUGCCGGAGAACCAGAAGAAGUCUGACGAUUUUGUCCGUUCUGGUUCCACCGUUGACGAGCAGUUUUAUGGAUCACCGGUCCGAUCCCUACCGCUCAACAAGAAACCAAACCUCGUGGGGAAACCCGGAGAAACCGACAAGCUGAACAACUUCAAGCAGACGGACAAGCUGCCGAUCCUGAAACCCAAAGUCCUGCUAGCAACCGCCAAGCCCACCAAACUGGACCGGAAACAGACCACGACCGGAGCGCCGACAACAACCGCCAGUCGGCAGGAAACCUGGGAGGACUCGGACCUGUUCAAACCAAAGCCGGCUUCUGAAGUCGACGCCUUGGGCAAGACACGUUAUGUGGCGCCUCACGUCAUCUACCAAAUAGGCAAGAAACCAGAUGAGCCUUGCUCCAUCACCUCCUCCCUCAACUACUUCCCUGAGGAUGAACCCGGCGGGGCGAACGUGACGGCUCCGCCCAAGACUCCUCCCUCCAACCUCACCGUGGUGACGGUGGAGGGAUGCCCGUCCUUCAUCAUCCUGGACUGGGAGAAAACCGACAACGACACCACCGAGUACGAGGUCAUCUCCACCACUAAGGGACCCGAUGGCGAGCAGGUUUCCGUCCUGACCACCAACCAGACUCACACCACGGUGGAGAACCUCAAACCGGAGAGCAGUUACGAGUUUAAGGUGAAGCCGAAGAACGAGCUGGGUGAAGGUCCUCCCAGUGACCCGGUGUCCUUCAACACAGAGUCCGCGGAUCCUCGAGUGAGCGAGAAUGUCUCAGGUAAAGACGCCAUCUGGACUCAGUUCCCCUUUAAGACGGACUCGUACUCGGACUGUCACGGAAAACAGUACGUGAAGAGAACCUGGUACCGCAAGUUCGUCGGGGUCCAGCUGUGCAACUCGCUCCGGUACAAGAUCUACCUGAGCGACUCGCUCAACGGUAAAUUCCACAACAUCGGAGAUCAGACCGGCUUCGGUGAGGAUCACUGUCAGUUCGUCGAUUCGUUCCUGGAUGGAAGAACGGGCCGACAGCUCCGAGCAGACCAGCUCCCGCCCAGACCCGGUUUCUUCAGGGCCGUGCGUCAGGAGCCGGUCCACUUCGGACAGAUAGGAGGACACUCCCACAUCAACUACGUCUCAUGGUACGAGUGUGGGACGCCCAUCCCCGGGAAAUGGUGAACAGACUGAGUCGUUCUCUGAGAACCCAGAAGAGGAACCGUCGCCCAGGCUGGGACGGCGACAGCAGCAGAAGAUCUUCUGGACCUCCUGUAACCCAGAGCUGUAGAAACAUGUACAGGACAUACUCGUCAGGGAAUCAGUACCGAGAGAGCAUCUCUAAAUAUAGCAAACAUGCCUCAUCUUUACUAUUUAUCAAGCAACCGACUGGUGGAAGAGGAGGAGGAUCGGUGGAGGUUCGGUGCUCUCGGCGGUGUGGGGGGGUACAUGCUAGAUAUAUUUUAUUUUGUGUGAGAUAAUGGGAAGCUGGCUCCCUGGAAUACUAUUUUCAUAACUUAUUUAUCAAAAGGUCUUUCGUUUUGUUUGUUUUCAGCUCAUUUCUGUUUAUUUGCAAGUCGAGCAAAAGGUUUAAAAAGUAGACGCCGUCCUGAUUGACAUUCAUUACCAGCAGCUGACCGGUAAAACCAGUAAAACCAGUCCUCUACCGGCGGCUAUGAAGCACCGUAAACAAGCCGACCUGUAGAAGUUCUGCUGGAUGUGGAGAAUAUGUGCUAUGUGUGAUGAACUUCUGCCUCACCCUAACCAUAACUGCCGGGGAUUCUUGCCUCACCCUAAUCAUGCGCAGCGGGGCGGGAAGCUAACGGUGCGGCAAAGCUCAAAGAAAAUAAAUUUAUACCGCACAGUCCUGAUACCGUCCAGACCCGGUACAACCUUUAUACCAUACGGUCCUGAUACUGUCCAGACCGGUACAACCUUUAUACCAUACGGUCCUGAUACCGUCCAGACCGGUACAACCUUUAUAUCAUACGGUCCUGAUACCGUCCAGACCGGUACAACCUUUAUACCAUACGGUCCUGAUACCGUCCAGACCGGUACAACCUUUAUACCAUACGGUCCUGAUACCGUCCAGACCGGUACAACCUUUAUACCAUACGGUCCUGAUACCGUCCAGACCGGUACAACCUUUAUACCAUACGGUCCUGAUACCGUCCAGACCGGUACAACCUUUAUACCAUACAGUCCUGAUGUCAUCCAGAUCCGGUCCAGACCCGGUGCAGACCCGGUACAACCUUUAUACCAUACGGUCUUGAUACCGUCCAGACCGGUACAACCUUUAUACCAUACAGUCCUGAUAUCAUCCAGAACCGGUCCAGACCUGGUUCAGACCCGGUGCAGACCCGGUCCAGACCCGGUACAACAGUACAUCUUUCUAUAUAAUUGGCUCUAACGAUCGUCUUUGUCUGCCGUUAAUUUCCCGUCCUGCCACCAGACCGACCACGCCGGUAAGGCUUUAUUGUGGCGGGGUGUCGCUGCAGGGUGUUUCCUCUGGAUGCUGUUUCCUGUAACGUUCAGCUGUAUUCAUACGUUGUUAUAAAACAUCUGUAAAGAACAUGAAUGUUUGUUAACAUGAUGCUGUUGGUGUUUUUCUGCAUAUUGAUUCUCAACAAUAAAGAAGUUUUGAUUCGUUUUUUU